UUGUAUAGUGAAGAUCAUGGCGGAGGAUAUGAAACCCAGUGAAGGUCCCCAAUAAGGUAAUGUGUUGGUACGAAACUCAGCGUGGGCUGUCGUUUUCGUGACUCAUAGGGGAAUACCCGAGAACUACAGACCACAGACUUACCGCCAGAGGGAUUUUUAUCGCGUCACUGAAUUGUGUAUGUUGUCUGAGGGAACUUGGCGACCGGGCAGCAAGCCACAGUAGGUCUCAUCAACUCAGCUACUGAUUGCCUCUGACGGAUGGUGACGUGACGGAACAUGGUUGGCUUCAUGGAUCCAGACCGGGUGUACAAGGAUGUUGUCAACAAACACGAACCUAUGCUGUGUGGAAAAAUAAAUCCUCAAGAAAUGCUGCCUUACUUCAAGGAAAUUCUCACACAACGGGCAGUGGAAGAGAUCACGUGCGAGCAGAGGAACUACGGCUCAACCACAGCGGUGCCGAAACUGCUGUCUGAGAUAAAGAGAAAGAGAGGCUGGUUUCCUAUUCUCAUCCGGGCACUUCUUCAGCUUGGACACGACGACAUCGCCGACACAUUGGACCCCGGUCACACAGUUCCCAGGACGGAUGGAGCGGCUGCAGGGUCGGCCACUCAGAACCCGCCCUUUGGUUUGGUGCCACCACAACAAGCACAACAGAGCUCCGAUCCGUCACGACAGGGACCCACGGAUGGUAACUCCCCACCAGACCCCCAUGUCGCACCUUUCUCCAUCCAAGACACACAGCCCCACGAGCGGCCUGACCACGGGCAGACAGGCGUGGUGGUGACGGAGGAGGAGGAUGCAGAGAAGAAAGAUGGCGGCGACGACAGAGACGAAAAGGAUGAAGAGAUGCUCUCCGUGGAAGGCGUCAACUCCGUCGACGUCUUCGUCAGGAGAAGAGUAGAUGAGGGCCACCGAGCGCCAGGACGGACGUAUGCGGAGGAGGACCCGACGGAAGACACCGGAGACGGCGCGGUGGGAGAGGAGCCGACUGCGCUGUUUGAAGAACCGGUGGAUGAAAAACUGGACGGGUCGCCUCAGCCAAUAGGAGCGCGGACAAGGGAAAUCCAAGAAGAAGAAAUGCAGAAGAUCAAGAUGAAGGAGGCGCAUCUCAAGUCUGACGUUCAACCGGGUCGCUCAAGCACACCCAUUGCAUUCUUGAUACAGAAAGAGUACGAUGCAAGAGGGGCAGAGGGCAAUCGCUCGGAUGGGGGGAAAGGCGAAGGAAAUUCCGGCUCGAGUUUUGAACUCCCUCCAGGUUUUCACGACUCCGUGGAAGAGCAUUGGAAUCUCGGUGGAACAGAAGCACUGCCUCCGAACAACGAGUUAUCUUCCCCACCCGACAGGCCUGAGCCGCUACAAAAGAUCGACAACAUCACAAGAGCGGAAAGUCAAGGAAAAUCCGCGAAAGAUCCGCCUGGCCUGGGACCGACAGGGGUGGUGUUCAUAUCAGGAGCUGACAAGCGUGUAUCGGCGGCGACUGUUUGUGACGGGAGAGAAAACGAGCUAGCCACGGAGCCCAAAGAGCCAGUGCAGCCGUCCGACAACGGUGACGGCAUGAACGACUACAUGGCAGAAGCGUCUCACGCGAACAUCAGCGGAACUGUAAAAAUAACUGCUCCGAAAGAUACUGAAGACGCCAGCCCAGCUGAUGCCCAACCCACAGAUUUACCUUCAUGUUCCAAACCAUCUUCUCCAAACAAACCCAAAGCGCCGAAAUCUGCUUCAAAACCCGACCACAAUAUCAAAGACCGACCAACAGACGUCGGCCCUCGCAAACCGCCACCGCCCAGCACACCACAAACCUCACAGCGCCGCCACACCAUUCCCGAACGUACUGCAGAAGAAAACAACAGCCGAAACGCCAACAAAGAUACCCACCAAAAGGCCUCCACGGAGAAAGAUGCGGGCGGAGGAGUGGACAGUGCAACGGUGUUGCAAGUGGCCGGAAUUCUAGGUGUCACUUGCCUAGCAAUAUACAGGAUGAUAAAUAGAUGAAUUUCUCACGCACAUCAGAGAUCGUCAUAUCAAAACAGUGAAGUUAUUGAUUUGACUAAUUGGGGGUGAUACAAUGCUUUUUCUAUGUCCGUCCCUUAUGGUGUGUAUAUAGUAUAAUGACUAUAAGAGGAAUCUUUUGCAGUCUUGUUAAUUAGCCUUAAUCAACCUUCGAAUUCACAAGUACAUGAUCCAGAUUGUUUGAACUGUACAUUUGGGGGUCCACUAUCCUUUUGUACUUAGUAUCUACAUGUAUAGGCACCACUGCCUUAAAACUUUGCUUCCGUGAUAUGUGAACUUAACUGUGCUUUUGUUUGAAAUAAGUCUAUUUAGCAAAAAGGAUAAUGUUGAUCUGUGAUGAAAUGAAGGACAAUCAAUUAUAGAUUCACCAUAAAUGCGCAUGCGUUAAGUACAGUGGGUUAUAAAUGUCUAAUAUGGCAGAAAAAAACGUUAGUGACAUUGCAUGUUACAAAAAGGAGUGCUGAACUCCAGGAUUUCUCAGUGAUGAUAACUGUGUGUAUGGGUAUUAAUAUUCAAGAAGAAUAGCUUUGACAGUUUGAUGAAUUCUUGUUUGAACAAUAAACGUUCGAUC